AUGCUGCUGCACAUGAGCGCGGAUUAUCAUCACGUGGUUGAUGAUUGUGAGGAAGCAUGGGUUGCGUGGGCGUGGAUCAAGACACUGUACGGCGGAUCUCAGAAGGCUGGGCGCAUCUACUUGAAGCGCCAGCUCUUCAGUAUGGAGAUGGCGGAAGGCGGCAAUGUGUUGCAUCAUUGCAAUGAGGUCCUCAACAUCAGCGCAAAGCUGGCUAGUAUCGGCGCCAAGAUGUAG